GCUUUCAGACUCACGAAACAGAGAAGUAGGACUGCAGUUUAGAUAUAACACCGUGUCAUGGAGUCACAUUAAACCUGCAGAGGAGCGCUCACCAGGCGAAGGGAAGUUGGAGAGAUUUUUUAAGUAUAAUAAUAAAAAAAAGCAGUGGAAUACACACUUCCUGAAGAAAACAAGAUCGACUAAGUUAGAACACAACACCUACAUGCUUCAGCAUCAUUUCCAGUUUCACCUGAAGAGGAAUUUGGCACAUCUUUGCGAUAAAAGUGAUGAAUGAGCGCCGUUCUGGACUCUUCAAAUGGGCCUUUUCCAAGGCUGACACCACUCCGUCUACUCCAUCUGGAGCUGCCCAAUCUGUGGACUCAGGUGAUGGCGCAGCCGCUCAGCCUGAAAGCAACGCAGCAUUCCCCCUGUCUGAGUUCUCACACUUGGUUGACAGCAUUGAUGGCUCACCGUCAACUCAGGACACCAGUCAGGAUUCAGCCCCAGAGCAGGUUCAGCCUGGGCAGCCUGCAGACGGCAGACAGAACCUACGCAUGAAGUUCCAGGGUGCUUUCAAGAAGGGCAUUUCCACCCCUACGGACCUACUGGAAUCUACCAGAUAUGAGUCAAAUGUGGUUCCCUGUCCAAAGAAAGCACCCAUGGACUCGCUUUUUGACUAUGGUACGAUCAGCAACCCGGCCAACCAGAAGCAGAAACACAGAAAGAAGCUUCCACGAGGAACUCCAAUAUCCAGUGAUGAUGGUAAAAGUGCAGACACACCAAAGGUAAUAAAAACAUUCAACCGCUAUCUCCUCUUUGAGUGUGUGUCACGUGGAGACCCCGGGGCCCUCGAGGGCCUGUUGGAGUACCUGAAAAGUCGUGGAAAGAGGUUAACUGAUGAGGAGUUCAGAGAGCCAUCUACGGGUAAGACCUGUCUGCCUAAAGCCCUGAUGAACCUUUACAAUGGUCAGAAUGACACCAUCCCAGUGUUGGUGGACAUCGCGGAGAAGACAGGAAGCCUCAGAGAGUUCAUAAAUACACCCUUCAGGGAUGUCUACUACAGAGGCCAGACGGCGCUCCACAUUGCUAUCGAGCGCCGCUGUAAGCAGUACGUGGAGCUGCUGGUGGAGAAGGGAGCUGAUGUUCAUGCACAGGCAAGGGGACGCUUCUUCCAUCCCAAAGAUGAGGGCGGUAACUUCUACUUUGGUGAGUUUCCUCUCUCGCUGGCUGCAUGCACUAACCAGCCCAACAUAGUGCACUACCUGACUGAGAAUCCAGACAAGAAAGCCGACCUGCGGCGCCAGGAUUCACGUGGAAACACAGUGCUGCACGCCCUAGUGCACAUAGCGGACAACACCAAGGAUAACACACGUUUCCUCACAAAGAUGUAUGACCUGCUGCUAAUCAAAAGUGCCAAGCUCUACCCAGAAUGCAACCUGGAGUCAGUGCUCAACAAUGAUGGCAUGUCACCUCUCAUGAUGUCCGCCAAGCUGGGCAAGACAGGGAUUUUUCAGCACAUUAUCCGACGUGAGAUUAAAGAUGAGGAAGCUCGUCAUCUGUCACGCAAGUUUAAGGACUGGGUUUACGGUCCAGUGUACUCCUGCCUCUAUGAUCUGUCGUCACUGGAAACAGGUGGAGAGGAACAGUCUGUGCUGGAAAUCCUUGUAUACAACAGUCGCAGCGAGAACCGCCAUGAAAUGCUGGCAGUGGAGCCCAUCAAUGAGCUGCUGAGGGCCAAAUGGCAGAAGUUUGCUGCAGUAACCUUUUACAUCAGUGUGAUUUCCUACCUCAUCACCAUGAUCAUCUUCACCCUAGUGGCUUAUUACCAACCAUCACAAGGAACGCCACCAUACCCCUAUGUAACAUCCACUGACUACGUUCGAAUGGCAGGAGAAAUCAUCACCGUCGCAUCAGGAAUAUUCUUCUUCGUCACCACUAUUAAGGAACUCUUGAGGAAGAAGUGGGCUGGGGUUAAGUCUUUAUUUACUGAGGGAUCCUUUCAACUGCUGUAUUUCAUCUAUUCUGUACUAGUUAUAGUCACAGCUGCUCUCUACCUGUCUGGUGUUAAAGCCUAUGUGUCUGUGAUGGUGUUUGCACUUGUCCUGGGCUGGAUAAACACACUUUACUUCACCAGAGGCGUGAAGCUCACUGGCGUCUACAGCAUCAUGAUACAGAAGAUUCUUUUCAAAGACAUCUUCACAUUUCUGCUGGUGUACUUGCUCUUCAUGAUCGGAUAUGCAUCAGCCCUGGUGUCCCUGUUGGUGAUGUGUCCUACCGAGUGUGCAAACGGCUGCCCCACCUACCCAAAUUGCAGGGACAAAGGCACCUUCAGUGUUUUCUUACUGGACCUUUUCAAGCUGACCAUUGGGAUAGGCGAUAUGGGCAUGAUCCAAAACGCACAGUAUCCAGAAAUCUCUCUUGUCCUGUUGGUUUCUUAUAUCAUCCUCACUUAUGUGCUGCUGCUCAACAUGUUGAUUGCUUUAAUGGGGGAGACGGUGGGGCACGUGUCAAAGGAGAGCAAGAAGAUCUGGAAGCUUCAGUGGGCAACGACCAUCUUGGACAUCGAGCGCUCAUUCCCAGCCUGCCUCCGCAGGUUUUUUCGAGUUGGGGAGAUGGUGACUGUGGGGAAGAAAGCUGAUGGCUCAUCCGAUCGACGCUGCUGCUUCAGGGUGGAUGAGGUUAACUGGUCUCACUGGAAUCAGAAUCUGGCGAUAAUUAAUGAGGAUCCAGGCACUGGCUUGCAGCAGAGCAUCAAAGUCUUGAAGAGAGACCGCUGGACCACAGUAGUUCCACGAGUGAUGGAGUUAAAUAAGGCUGUGCGGAGUCGUGAGGCACUGAUAGAGAUGGACCCCUUAACGCCUGGACAGUGACGCCUGCAAAAGACUAGUCCUGUCUUUGUAAAGAGACAGCAGAGAGCCAUCAGCAUCCGUGGGAUCACUCUGCAGGGAACAAUUUGGCCAAUAAGUGCACUAUUUUUGCACAGAUCUCGUGCUUUUUUGUCCAGAGAAAGUGUAGUAAACAUUACAGUUAGAAAAUCAGUGUAAUAGGACAGAGGAUUGAACACACAAACAGACACUGGCUGUACAACGGCUUAAAAAAAUCACUCAGUCCAUCAACUGGAAAACACUAAAUAGAAUUACAAACACUAACCCUAUAUUGCUGAAAUUUAAAAAUAAGAGAAAAAAAGUAGCACUGAAGAUAAAGUGAGCUGCAAUGUUUGUUUGUUACUAAGAUUAGGGAAGCUGAUAUGAAAAUGUACUGUAUUUCUACAUUUCAGACAUCAGAAGCUGAUCACUCAGGUUUCUAAGAGUCACAAUAUCUCUGCAUUUCCACACUCAUUAUAGUGUUACAGAAAACAGAACCAUGGCUUCUCGAAUAGUUAGAAGGAAUAUAAUUACUGUAUCAGUGUAUUAGCAGUGUGUUUUGAUAAAUACACAUUUACAUAUAUAAUUACAAUCUGAGGUAUUUUUUCAAGAAUACAUUUAAACAAACAUUAUAGAAAAGGAUUUCUGUUCUUUAAGGUUUUAGUUUCUAUGUCCUUAUAUGUGUUCAUGAAGAUUAUAUUGUAUAAGCUGAUUUGAAUGUUUCUUGUUCUGACUGUAAAGAAACAGGAUAAACCUGUUUCACGGUGUAUUUUCUAGCCAUUUCCUAUCGUAUAUUGUUUUAAUCAAAUAGUUUCAAAACUUAGGGAAGUCUCAGGCUUGCACUGCCAGCUCAGACAGCACAGUUUUUAUUUGAACUGAAACAAUACACUGUGCCAAUUUGUGAUGUGUGUAUUAUUAUAUGAAUACAAAGACAUGUCCUUAACAAGAUGGGCACGAUGAGCAGGUUAUAGCUGUCAAGCAAAUAUGCAAAUACAAGACAGCAGUCUUCCGUGUUAUGGUUUGUCUUUAUAUUUCCAGAGUUAUUGUUCCUUUGCAGCUGGGGUAUUUGCAUAAUCAACUCUCAGACCUUGCCAUUAUGUUCUUCCUCCUAUUUUCUGCAGUGUUUUUAUUGCUGUUGGCUCCUUGCCCUGUUCAGCAUCUUGUUUAUGUGCAUCUACUAUAUUGUAUGUAUACGUGCAUUUGUGUUACUGUACUGCAUGACAGGGUUCGAUUAGGAGCAGAUAAACCAUACAAGUUAUUUUCACUAAUUUAAUACUGGUGAAGGUCACGUGUCAUCUUUCACUGUGUUUACAUUGCUUUUAUAAAGGGACAUGUCGUGCAUUUUUAUA